ACCAAAUUCAACAAAAUCUUUUUUUUUUUCCCACCUCUUUGUUUUAUUUUCGGUGGAUAGGGUAAAGGGAACUCUUCUUUCCUUCUUUCUUUUUUUUUUUCUUGAUUUUAUUUUUUCCCCUGAUUUUCUCGUUCAUCGAAAAUAAAGAAAAACUAAAUGCAUCCUCGACCUCAGCAAACCUACGCAACUCCAAAUUGCAUAUCAAAAGUAAAAAAUCAAAGAGGUUUGUAUUUCUCUUCCAUUUCCUUUCCGUUCUUUUGCAAUCUGUCUUGUCUUCUUCUUGGGGACAAUAAAUUUUUGUCUCUAAACAUAAUUAAUGGGAAAAUAAAUUUAUGAUCAAGAAAAAUUUGUCAUCAAGAUUUUCAUUGAUAUGUUAUCUGCUCUAAUCUUCAGGUACCCCUAGAUUGAUUUUUAUCAGCAUUUUGGGGAAUUGUUAACUUGAGAGUCCCCAAAGAACCAGACAAUCUCCUCAGAAUUCUUGGUUCCGAAAUGGCUACGAGGGACAGACAUUGAAGAGGUAACAUCAGACAAUGUUCAUUUGCAGCAUUAGGACAGGCGAGGUUUCAUUGAGGCCGUGAUGUGGAAAGCUCCUGAAACUUCCGAGAACCAAAGACCAUUCAAUGGGAUCGGAGCCGAUGCCUUCCCGAGCGAUAAGUUAUCCGCCGAGAAAAACUUGUAUGACAUAUGCCUUCAGACGGGUGAGGAAUUCUCCACCGAGUUCCUGAGGGACCGGAUGGGACUAAGGCGUGUCAACGUGAUGCCCAAUGCCAACACCCAACAGCCGAGGAGCGCCGGGUUCAGCUCCACCAAGAACAACAAUAACAACAAUCCUUUCUAUGAAGACCUCGCCCGCUUUCCUGGUCAUCGGAGAGGCUACUCCGACUGUAGCUCAGAAGUUCUAGAAUAUGCCAAUAUUGCUGCACCAGAUGUACCCAAUUUUGAUGCUGGUGACAGGGCACGCAAUCUGGACGAGUUGAGUCGGUACCAUGGAGGUGGAUUCGAUUAUUUUGGGCAGGCUCUUGGCGUCCCUUAUGACAAUGGGAAUGUUCGGAUAGCGAUUGCACCUCAAAACAUGUCAUCAGGCUCACCACAUUCGUACAAUGCCCAUGGGUUAGCAAUCUCGGACGCCCUCCUUCCGAGAAAGAUGAAGUUCCUCUGUAGCUACGGCGGGAAAAUAUUGCCGAGGCCCAGUGACGGGAAGCUCCGGUACGUAGGCGGAGAGACCAGGAUCAUAUCGAUCAGGGCGUACAUCACCUGGGAGGAGCUUGUGAGUAAGACUUCAGCAAUCUGCCACCAGGCCCACACGAUCAAGUAUCAGCUCCCUGGCGAGGAUCUCGAUGCACUCAUAUCAGUUUCUUCUGACGAGGAUCUGCAUCACAUGAUUGAGGAGUAUCAGGAGCUGGAGAAGGUUGGAGGGUCCCAAAAGUUACGGUUAUUUCUCGUGCCUACCAAUGAGACAGAUAGCCCGACCUUGAGCUCACUAGAAUCCCGGGUAGCAGAGAAGUCUGAUGCUGAUUAUCAGUAUGUCGUUGCUGUCAAUGGGAUUGCAGACCGCAGUCCAGGAAAGCAAACAUUAGCAGCCCAGUCGAAUCAAGUCGGGACUCUGUCAGGCUAUAGCCCAAGCUUUCUAGAGGACUCCCCGACUUACAGACAAGCCCUAGACAUCAUGGAUUUUAGUCCAAGCUACUCCAAGUUGAUGGAAAUGAGUUUCAACCCUUCAGCUCCAGUAUUUAGUAACAAUCCUCAAUUGGUUAACAAUAUCGUGAAUCAAUCUCCUGACAGUAAUCUCGGAGUCGAGGGGCAAAUAUUUGAUGAUCAAGUCUGCAAUGAUGGUGCUAUUGAAGGCAACCUCCCAAUUCUGAGAGACCCAAUUCUGCCUAGCGAUGUUGCUCGAGAACCUUCAACAUUUGUGGAUCUUGAUGCACUGAAGAAUCUUCUAGCUGAGGCCGAACUAGUGAAUGGUGAGAGUCAUCUUCACGAACAAAACCUGCAAAAGGAUCUUUCGCAUGCUUUCCAAUAUGUCGGAGGUGAUGGAAGAUCGGGCAAUGUUUGUUCUCAUCCUGAAGACGCGACUCAUCAGCCUCUUAGCGGAUCUAAUGAGCUGUCGGAUAAUACUCAUCACGAGAAUCCUACCACAGCGGAGAACUACACUCGAUUGCUGGAAAUAGCAAGUUUCUCAUCACGAGAGUGGCAGAUGAAGUCGCAAGAUUUAUCUGCACAUGCUGAAGCUCAAGAUCAGACUACUUCAACAGCCCCUUCGUUAUGUGAUAAUAAUGCUGUUAAUUUUGGCAACAAACUGGUGUUGAACUUCACAGGGACAAGCAAUCCCGAGUCUAAUAUGAUCGAUGCUGUGUUAGUCGUUGAAGAUGUAACUAACAACGUUACAUCAACUGAUACCACCGUAAGGUCGAGAGUAGUUGAACCAUGUGUGGAGGACGAGUUAAGUGAGGAAGAAUCGCUUUCCAGAGAAUUCGAGGCAGAGAGCACCAAUCAGGAAAUCGACUCCGAGGAUUCAAGAACUUAUGGUGGAGACGGAGAUGACCCCAUAAGUGACGCUGCAAUAGCUGAGAUGGAAGCGGGCAUCUACGGAUUGCAGAUUAUAAAGAAUGCGGACCUUGAAGAGCUACAAGAGCUGGGAUCCGGUACAUUCGGCACUGUCUAUCAUGGAAAAUGGAGGGGAACAGAUGUUGCAAUCAAAAGAAUAAAGAAGAGCUGCUUCGUUGGUAAAUCUUCUGAGCAGGAACGAUUGACCAAAGACUUCUGGAGAGAGGCAAAAAUCCUAUCAAAUCUUCAUCACCCAAAUGUUGUGGCAUUCUAUGGGAUUGUUCCCGAUGGUCCCGGGGGAACAUUGUCAACGGUGACUGAAUACAUGGUGAAUGGUUCGUUGAGACAUAAUCUACUGAGGAAUAACAGAGCGCUUGAUCGCCGGAAAAAGCUCCUAGUUGCAAUGGAUGCGGCUUUCGGGAUGGAGUAUUUGCACCUGAAAAACAUCGUUCACUUUGACUUGAAAUGUGACAAUUUGCUCGUCAAUUUAAAGGAUCCUCGCCGGCCUAUUUGUAAGGUUGGUGAUUUCGGAUUGUCAAGAAUCAAACAGAAUACGCUCGUGUCCGGUGGUGUACGAGGUACCCUUCCUUGGAUGGCACCUGAACUGUUAAAUGGUUCCAACAAUCGGGUCUCUGAGAAGGUUGAUGUUUUCUCAUUUGGGAUUGCUAUGUGGGAGAUGUUGACAGGAGAGGAGCCAUAUGCCAACAUGCAUUGUGGUGCUAUUAUAGGGGGAAUUGUAAAUAAUACACUGAGGCCUCCUGUACCAGAGCGCUGUGAUGCUGACUGGAGGAAACUGAUGGAGGAUUGCUGGGCACACGAUCCCGCCGAUAGACCCUCUUUCACUGAAGUUACGAAUCGCUUGAGGCUUAUGUCAAAUGCACUCACUCCAAAACGCAACUUAUUAGACCAGAAGAUCAAGUAAAUUACCGUAAAAUUAAUGUAAUGAUAAUUGAUCAUCAUUUUUCCUUUUUUCUUUUCCUUUUUGGUUUCUUCUUUAAAGCACAGAAUGCCCGAAAUAUAUGUGUAACAUAUAGAGGUGGUAUGGGGGUUUGUUUAAUAUAAUUAGAUUAGGUUUGUACCAUACGCUUGUUUUGAGUGCAAUUGGAAAAAAAAAAAAAGUUACAAGAGGAAAUAAAUGCCGGUGAUGAUAGUUGCGCACUUAA